AAUUUGAAACUGGUACUGAAGUAAAUGGCUGAGCUUCCACCUGGGAUUCGUUUGAUCACAUCAUUUACAAGAGACCAGUGGUACCGGGCUUUUACAUUUGUCCUGACUUUUAUGCUGUAUGUUAGUUUCCACUUAUCAAGGAAACCAAUAAGCAUAGUUAAGGGUGAAUUGCAUAAGCACUGCAUUACUCCACAAGUUAUUGAGCGUAACACUGACAAAGAAUAUGGCAUCCAUAUUCAGCCCGUUAAAAGAUUACCUAAUGAAUCUCGCUGUGGUUGGGAGCCAUUUCAUAAGAGCAACUACAAACAGUUGUUGGGAGCCCUCGAUUAUUCAUUUCUAUGUGCUUAUGCAGUUGGAAUGUAUCUGAGUGGCAUAAUAGGAGAGCGUUUGCCUAUCCGAUAUUAUCUCACAGGAGGGAUGUUUGCCAGUGGACUCUUUACAGCAAUGUUUGGAUUUGGCUAUUUCUAUAAUAUACACAACUUGUGGUUCUACAUCGUGGCUCAGGUGGCUAACGGAUUUGUACAAACUACUGGCUGGCCCAGUGUGGUUACUUGCAUUGGCAACUGGUUUGGAAAAGGAAGAAGAGGAUUGAUAAUGGGAUUGUGGAACUCGCAUACCUCCGUAGGGAAUAUUUUAGGAUCCUUAAUAGCUGGCUAUUGGGUGUCUACUUGCUGGGGUCUGUCCUUUGUGGUGCCUGGCAUUAUAAUAUCUUUAAUGGGCAUAGUCUGCUUCCUGUUUCUUGUUGAACAUCCUAAGGAUGUAAAUUGUACAUGUACAUCAUCCAAUGAUCCAGAGAUGCAUUUUCUGCUCCUUAACAAUGACAAUUGCACAAAACCACCGAAUCAUAACAAUGGAUUAUGUGAGGGACUUGAAAAUGGAAAGUCUGCUAUAAGUUUCAUUGGAGCUUUGCGAAUACCUGGAGUGAUAGAAUUCUCUCUUUGCCUGUUAUUUGCCAAACUGGUCAGCUAUACUUUUCUUUUCUGGCUUCCAUUGUACAUCACAAAUGUAGAACACCUUGAUGCCAAAAAAGCAGGUGAUCUUUCCACAUUAUUUGAUGUUGGAGGCAUCUUUGGUGGAAUUUUGGCAGGUAUAAUAUCAGACCGACUGAAAAAAAGGGCUACAACUUGUGGCAUGAUGCUGUUCAUUGCUGCACCCACACUGUAUGUAUUCUCUGCCAUCAGUAAAAUGGGCUCUGAAGCCACAAUAGUUAUGCUGCUCAUCUGUGGAGCUCUUGUAAAUGGCCCUUAUGCAUUGAUCACAACAGCUGUCUCAGCUGACUUGGGUACCCAUAAAAGUCUUAAGGGAAAUGCAAGAGCGCUCUCCACUGUUACAGCUAUCAUUGAUGGCACAGGUUCCGUAGGUGCUGCUCUGGGGCCUUUGUUAGCAGGUCUCCUCUCUCCCUCUGGUUGGAACAAUGUCUUUUAUAUGCUGAUGAUAGCAGAUGCCUGUGCCUUAUUAUUCUUACUCCGCCUUAUACGAAAGGAACUUCAAUGUAGUCUGGACCAGACACUGUUUAAAGAACACUGAAUUUCUUGCAAGGAGUAAUCUUUUUA